GGAAAUAACCACAGUACCAAAAACACCAAAUCCUCAAGCCGUCACUACCUACUAACAUCAAGCACGAAAAGGAAAGUUACACAAGAUGCGUCACUCAUUCCCCCUCCCGCGCGCGCCUUAUCAAUCAAUUCCCCCGAAAUGACGCAACCACUGUUCGCUCUUCGGAUGUAUAUAGAAGCCGAUGGUGCAAUAUUGCGAAAUGCCGAUUGAAUUAAUAAUGCAGCGAGCGUCUCGCUGCGUCCUCCCGAAUUUCCGUACAGAGAGAAAUGGCGGGGUUGUUUACUACUACAAGACUUGUAACAGGUCCUGCUAAGAAUUUGAUCUUUUCAAACAAUUUGACCAAAGGAAUUACUACUACUCGACGUAUCAACACAGCUGUCAAGAUGGGCUCUCAACCUCAAGCAGACAUCACCCUCUACACCAACCACGCGUGCCCUUUCGCGCACAGGGCCCACAUCACCCUCGCCGAACUUGGUCUCCCCGUCAAAGAGAACAUCAUUGAUCUCAGCGCCCCCCGAACCCCAGAGUACCUGGCGAUCAACCCGCGCGGCCUCGUCCCAACAAUCAUCUACAACGGCGAGACCAUCACCGAGUCCGCCAUCGUAGCUCAAUUCCUCGCCGAUGCGCAUCCCAGCCAUCUCCUCCCCGCGUCGACGGACAAGAACGGUCCGCUGACCAGAGCGAGGAUCGCCUUCUUCGCUGAUGCGUACUCGAGCAAGGUCCAGGCGCAUAUCGGCAAGGCUACUUACACUGCUCAGACGGAGGACGAGGUCAAUCAGGCUGUGGAUGAUGCCGUUGCUGGUAUUGUGAAGGAGGUUGAGCCUCUUCUCGAGAAUGCGGCGCCUUAUUUCAACGGGAGUGAUAAGCUCACCUUUGCAGAGGUCCUUGUAGCUCCAUUCGUCAUUCGCCUGCUAUCAUCGUCCAAGCACGGCCUCCUACCAGCCAAUCUCCCCUCCCGCCUCGAGAAAGAGACCCCCAACUUCUACAAGUGGGCGCAAGUCAUCAGCAAGAACCCCAGCGUCCUGAAGAUCUACGACGAGGACGUGGUCGUCGAGUCAAGCAAGAGAGUGAAAGCCAAGUUUGCCAGCAAGGCCUAAGACUAAGGAUCAAGGUUGGGGUGGGCUAUGUAUAGCCCAAGAUAAAUGACUGACCGCUCGAUCCUUGCCUUUUCAAUGGGGUACUUUAAAUCCGCAAUGCAAGGAUCAAGAUUCAUGUAUCAAACAUUAACUGAUAUUCAAAGGGACAUUGCGAGAAUGAGUGUGUAAAUUGAGUUAUCCUUUAUGUUAUGGUUAUCAUGAAUUCAAAAAGUUUAAACCCGAACCCGAAUAUGCAGAGCCUCCCGCUGCAUUAGGUGCCUCUAGUCAGUCUAGUCCCAAUUUCCAGAUCUUGCAUGUUGAAC